UCUUAUGCGUACUCUAAAUCACGAAAUCACGAUUUUUCAAAAGACGACCGUCUAACUAAUCCUUACUACUUUACAAUACCACGGUCUAAUAACCAAAUUCUAAAAAAAAAAUCUGUCAUUUAAAUAUAAUUUUCAAUUUCAAACAAUCGAUGUACGAAUGUACUGAGAGGGAUUUUUCUAUUAUUUAUACUGGGUAUUUAAAUUAUGCAAGCAUACGACAAUUAACAGAACGUAAAUAUACCGGGUACAUACACACACGCACCAUUUACUACGCUAAAACGAUACAUAAGUAUGAAUACCACCAAGCGCCAUCUGUUGUUGUUAUUAUUUGUAUGGAAUAUCUCUGGAAUAUUUACACUUUCGAAUAUUUUAUCACAUUUCGGAGAAACAGCUGGAGAUGAAAUACUGGUACAAGUUCGAGCGAGUGAAAGAAACAAACGUUCGGCAUCUGGGAAAUUUCAUCCUGAUCGAUACGAUUUAACAUUGGCGCCAUCUGGUAGCGAGGUUCAUCUGGCGCUUCAAAGAAAUGACAGACUUAAUACACACGUGCCGACUUUAAGUCUUAGAGAUCAGCUUAUGAAAAAUGAAAAUGACGAGGAAACGGAGGAACACGUAUUUUAUCAAGAAAUUGAAAAUGGAGGCUCUUUCCUUGUUCACUUCAAUAAAGACAGAACAGAAACAAUGUAUGGGAUUUUCCAGUCCAAUGGCAGUGAAUUCGUCUUACACUCAAACGAUACAGAUAAAACAACCUCUCAUAAAAAUGGUUUUCGAAAAUUUCAAAUAAAAAAGGCGGAAUCAAUAGGCGUCAACGAUGAAACUUUAUAUCUAGACACGAAAUUAAAAUCUUCAAUUGAAAAUCAAAAAUCGUCCGGUUCAAGGAGACGAAAAAGAGCAUCUGGGACGUACGAUAUAGAAUUACUUAUAGUGGUUGACUAUGCAAUUUAUCAAAGAUGGUAUGGAAAAAGUCUUGGAUCAACUGUCAGCCAGAGAGACCAGAAUGCUGUUGCCUCUAUAAGACAAUACUAUGCAUUUGUUAUAAAUGGGAUGGAUGCCAUGUACAAAAAUCUUCAGACGUCCAGUUUUACCAUCAAUAUUCUGUUUUCAGGAAUAAUAAUAGCAAAGACAGCAUCUGACGCGCCAUGGACAGAAACAAUUAAAAUCACUGGUGUCACUCCUAACCAAGUGGAUGCUUCUCAAAUGUUGAACCUUUUCAGUUCCUGGGUCAAAUCACAAAGUAGCAUACCAGGGCAUGACCACGCUAUGUUAUUUACUGGGUAUGAAAUGAUAAAGGAUGGUUCAGCAUCAAUUGCUGGUUUGGCCUUUACUGGUGCCUUAUGUCAAGCAAACAGCCAGUCAAUUGUAGAAGACAAGUUUAACUUUGGUAUAUUGACUGUGGCAGCACACGAGCUUGGACACAGUUUGAGUGCACUACACGAUGGGACAAGCAAUCUAUGUAGAGCCAGUGACUCGUUCAUUAUGACUGCAGUCAGCCAACCUCAAUCCAAUUCUCUCACGGCAAGCAAUCCCUGGAAAUUUUCGACAUGCUCUACAGCGUAUUUCAACACAUAUAUUGAUUUCCUUACUACGAAUAAUAUACAGUGUAUGACCACUUUAGAUCCCAAUUACAAUAGUAAUGCAUUAUACCCUGAAAGGAAUAAUUUACCUGGUCAGAUAUAUAAUGCUGAUCAACAAUGUGAACACAUGGUGGGGACAGGAUCUGUUAUGUGCAGGCAACAAUACUCUGGUGACUUUUCUUCAAUAUGUUCCGUCUUAUGGUGCUCCACGCUCAAUAAUCCUUCACAAUGUCAAAGUUAUACUGCUGGAGACGGAACGUUGUGCGGGAACAAAAAGUGGUGUAGAACAGGAGUGUGUACAUCAUCAUCAAGUGCUCCUAGUGGCAGUGACACAUGCUUGUAUGGAGACCAGGUUGGUGUAAUAUUUGGUAAUGGUUGGACAUGCCAAGAUAUGAUUGUACAAGGACCGAAUAACUGUGCUCAAACACAGAUUCAAUCAUCUUGUUGUGCAUCUUGUAACCCAACAACAACAGCACCGACAACGACUAGAGCUACAACUACUAGAGCUACAACAACCAGAGCUACAACCACCACGGCAACUACAACUCGGGCGACAACUACUAGAGGAACAACUAGAGCACUACCUACACAGACAACAAGAACAACAGCAUCACCUGCUACGGGUCAACCAGGAGUUACUGUUAUCACAGAAGAAGAAGAGAAAGAUUAUUUAUUCGUUAUCAUUGCCUUGUUCGCCGGUGCUACGAUACUUAUUGUAAUAAUCAUAAUAACAAUGACCUGUUGCUGUUGUCGAAAGUCUGACACCACAUCAAAACCAAAACAAACACAAAAACCAGUUCAGAAACCAGUUCAGAAAAGACAAACGAGUAGUUUACGCCAAGCUCAACCACCGAGAGGUUAUUUAAAUCAAGCUAUGGUUUACGAUAAUGUAGCACAACCAAAGAAAGGAUACUUGAAUCAAUCUAUGGUUUACGACAACGUAGUUAGACAAUCAGUGCCGAAAGUUCAACGUGCUCAACGACAAUACAGUUAUCUUCAACACGUAUAAUACUCGUCAUAUGACAAACAGAUCAUGUGAUCUGAGGAAGUUGUCAUAUGAUGCAUAUCUUAUAUUGUUGCAUAAUAUGUUAAACGUGUUAUGUUCUCAGGUUACAUAAUUAAAUCACCUGUGUAUGAUGCAAUAUUCAUGUGAUUUGUUGGGGUCAAAAACUGUGACAUUAAUGAGUUAUACAACAAUAAUAAACACGUGUUGAUUGUUGCUAUUUGCUUAAAGCAAUUGGGGAAGAUUGCAUUCAUACCUAAAACAAAAUUAAGCAAUGAUUGAUCAUUGUUAAUAUGUACAAAUACUCAUUUCAUUAUGUAUAUGCAUUUUUUUUUAUAUGUAUUGCAAUGUUAUGUUAUGCGCAAUUUUGUCUAUUGGAAUGUAUAAUGUUAAACAAGUGGUGAGACUUUAAUAACUAUUAAAUCCUGCAUGUAAUGUU